AUGAACAACAACGAAAGCCAAGGGCAGGAGUCCCGCCGAAGCCCCGCGGGCCAGCUCUCCCCGCUGCAUUCGAUACCCCUCCGAGAUUUCCAGAGGACAAAUGAGACGGACGACGGGACUCGGGAGAGCGGUGUCUUUGGCGCCACUGUCCAAGAUAACGCUUCGGCUCAGACAUCGACCCGUCCCCAGGCUGGGUCGUACAAUAGCCGAGGAAGCCCGUCUUCUGCUGCUCCCUCCAUGUCUGCGAAUCUUCCGGGCUUCUCUUCUUACUGGGAGCAUCCGUACAGUUCGCUCGACGAUGGCGACAAUAACGCCGUUUCGCCCGAAGAGCGCAUCACACUGCAGUCUGCGCUUCCUCCCGACAUCUAUCCACAGUCCUCUUACCAAUCCAGGCCGUUCGCCACCCCUUCAAACGAUUUCUACCCGAUGCCGCAUGUGUACGAGGAGCGGGCCGACACGGAUUCUUUGGAGUCGGAUAGGGUGCCUCUAAGGCCCGCUGCUCAGCCUCCUGGCCGGCUGGAACCACCAGAAGGAGAAGCUACACCGCGGACCAGCUUCCAGACUGUGCCGGAUCUGGGCAACACCCCAAGAAGUGGCCGGAUGCUUGGCGACGACCUGGAGCAAGGCGGUGGUCACCACCUGUCGCCAACCGAUCGCCGGCGCUCUCGGUCGCAGUCAGCAGUCGGUGCCCUCCACAGAGCAAGCUCAAUGAUGAGAGCCAUGUCCCAGCGUGUUGUCGCCAUCAGUGGAGAGGGCGAACUGGUAGACCAGGCAGCCCGCCGAGAGCGUUCGCGGUCGCGGUCGCCUUCCCCCAGCGUGGACGGCCGCCGUUCUCCUGGUGCCCCGGGGCCCAUGCUCGUCGAUACUUCGUACCCGUCUCAGCUUCCUCGAAUACCCGCCGAAAGGCCAUUUGAGCCCGGUCUUCCCCCUCCUCCUCGCCCUCCCCCGCGCCGACGUGGGCCGCUUUCCAAUCCUCUAAAGGGCAAUUCAUUGGGCAUAUUUCCCCCCGAUAAUCCCUUGAGAAUGUGGCUCUGUGACCUCUUGGUCAACCCCUGGACAGAGCCUAUCAUAUUAUUUCUGAUCAUUGCACAAGUCGUAUUAUUAACCGUUGAGUCUGUCCCCGAUGUUUUUGCCGAAGGAAACCAACGACCGGCUCGUUGGGGUGGCAGUGGGAUCGACUGGGCCCUGCUCGCCUUGUUCAUUCUUUUCACACUUGAGAUCAUUGCUCGAAUCAUCGUGUCGGGCUUUAUCAUCAACCCGGUGGAAUACAUGCCGCCUGGGAGUAAUCGUCGGUUACGAGAAAGAGUGGCCGAACAAUAUCGGGCUAUAUUCAGACCCCAGCGCCAAAAAUCCGUUAGACAACAACAGCCAGAACAUGAGUUCGUGCCCCCUACGUUUGCUAGAUCUCUUACCAUGAUGCACGGGCAGGAAUCUCCUGCUACUUUGGAGGAAGAAUUGCGUCUGCACCUCGCCCGCAGAGCCUUUCUUAGACACAGCUUCAACAGGCUAGACUUCAUAGCUGUCGUUUGCUACUGGAUUGCUUUCGCCUUGAGCACCUCCGGCCUGGAAAACAGACACUCGAUCCAUGUUUUCCGCAUGCUCAGCUGUCUCCGUAUCAUUCGGCUGCUCGCUGUGACCCGGGGCAACAUGAUCAUCCUUAAGAGUCUGAAGAAGGCAGCUCCGCUCCUCGUCCGAGUGUGUUUCUUGAUGGGCUUCUUCUGGCUUCUGUUUGCCAUUAUUGGUGUACAGAGCUUUAAGUCCAGCCUCAGCAGACAAUGCACCUGGAUCAACCCCGAGGACCCCACGAAUUUGAGUGCCACAUAUACCCCGAGUAUGUCCUUCUGCGGCGGCCACAUCAACCAGACCACUGGCGAGAAUUCUCCUUGGGUGUAUGCGCCAAACGACGACUUGAGCGUCCUCGUACCUGGCGCCCCGAAUGCUAAGGGAUACAUCUGUCCAAGGGGCUCCAUCUGCCUACGGCAGGAGAACCCGUACAAUGGCACAGUAAAUUUUGAUGACAUUGGGCACUCCCUUGAGCUCGUCUUUGUCAUCAUGAGCGCCAACACCUUUUCAGAUCUGAUGUACUACACCGUCAGUUCCGACUUUUUGCCCGCUGCGCUGUUCUUUGGCGCCGGUAUCAUGAUCAUGAUGCUUUGGAUGACCAAUCUUUUGAUUUCUGUCAUCACUUCGUCUUUCCAGGUCAUCCGGGAAGAGUCCAAGAAGAGCGCCUUUGCCGACGACGAGCAGUCCAUCUUUUCCACACAUACGGAGGACGAAAAGAAGCCGCAACGCCAGUCGGCAUUGCAGCGGAUUGUGAAGAAGGCCGACUGGUUUUGGAUUGCCCUCAUUAUCUACGACCUGUUUUGUCAGUCUUUACGAACAGCUUCUAUGUCUCGCGGCCGGGAGACCUUCAUCGAUACCUCUGAAGUAGUCGUCACUGUUCUGUUGGACGUCGAGAUCACCCUGCGUCUGGCGGCCAACUACCGCAGUUUUCACCGGAGCGUCCGUGACUUGUUCGAUCUGUUCCUUGCCGUCGCCACCACGGUCAUUCUCAUUCCGCCGAUUCGCAACUCCGGGGACUUGUACAAUUGGCUUACCAUCUUUCAAAUUCUCCGGGUGUACCGCGUUGUUCUUGCCAUUCCCAUGACAAGAGAGCUUAUCCAACUUGUAUUGGGCAAUGUUACUGGUAUCGCGAACCUGAUGUUGUUUGUCUUCCUGAUGACCUUCCUCAUGGCAAUCUUUGCCGCGCAGCUGUUUCGCGGUCAAAUCCCCUACGCGGAUGAUGAAGGAGAGUUCAUUAGGAUUCCUUUCAACACUAUCUACAAUUCCUUCCUUGGGAUGUAUCAGGUUCUUUCGAGCGAGAACUGGACAGAUGUGCUCUACAACAUCACCGCCUACACGACGCAUUUCCACACGGCAUGGAUUGGUGCCAUCUUCAUCAUCGGCUGGUUCAUUCUCUCCUAUUUCAUUCUGAUCAACAUGUUCAUUGCCGUCAUCCAGGAGAACUUUGACGUGGGAGAAGACACGAAGCGUUUGGAGCAGAUUAAGGCAUUUCUUCAGAGACGGGACCUCGGCACCUCCUCCAACCUGGCCCUCUCCAAGGUCUUCGGUUUUGGCAGGUCUCGGAACCGCGCUGAUCCAUUGGACCACACCACUGGCGUGAUAGACAAGCUCUUUAAGGAAGGGUACGUGCGCGAGUUCCUGGAUGAGGCGAUGGGUCCCUUACAGGAGCGAACUGCAGCGGAGAGCAAGUCUGCCCAACAGACGGCAGGCAAAAGCACCGGAAACUACGGGCCGCUGUCCAAGGUAUGGCAGUGGGUAACGGCCCGGCUUGCUAGUCGGGAGCCGAACCCGUUCUACUCAUCCAAUGUCCAGUUUGCGGGGCCUAUCGCGGCGCUGGAUCCGGGACAGUUAGCUCGACAGGCGAUGGGCGCAUCAGCUGCUCGCCGCAGGGCGCAGAGAGAAUACUUGAUGCGUCAUCCCAAUUACAACACCUCGCUCUAUAUCUUCAAGCCACGUAACCCCAUUCGACGCUUUUGCCAAAAACUCGUCGGACCAGGCAGGGGAACGGAACGCUUUGAUGGCGUGCCCCCAAACAAAUACGCCUGGUACACAUUCUCUGCAUUUAUCUAUGCCUGCAUCGUGGCAAUGGUUAUCCUAGCUUGCAUCACCACACCCCUUUAUCAGAAGGAGUACUACGAGACUCACAAGUUCCGGCUCUUCAAUUGGUUCGUCUGGACGGAUUUGGCGUUCGCCAUUGUCUUCACGAUCGAGGCUGCCAUCAAGAUCAUCGCUGACGGCUUCUUCUGGACACCAAAUGCCUAUUUCCGAAGCACCUGGGGUGUCAUCGAUGGCAUCGUGCUGGUAACUCUCUGGAUCAACGUCAUCACUCUCUUCGCCAAUGCUGGAGCCGUGUCUAGAGCGGUCGGCGCAUUCAAGGCUUUGAGGGCACUGCGUCUGUUGAACGUUAGCGAUAGCGCCAGGGAGACAUUCCACUCUUUGAUGAUUGUCGGCGGCUGGAAGAUUUUGAGUGCUGCUUUCGUGUCCAUUUCGCUCUUGAUUCCGUUCGCAAUUUACGGCCUCAACCUGUUCAAUGGCAAGCUUGUCGCCUGCAAUGAUGGAGAGGGCGUCAUCAAUCUGACCGAUUGUAUUGGAGAGUAUAACAGCACGCCUUUCAGCAACGACUGGCCCGUGUUGGCCCCUAGAGUUGCCAAAAACCCGUUUUUCAAUUUUGAUGACUUCGGCUCAAGUCUCUUCAUCCUCUUCCAGAUCGUGAGCCAAGAAGGAUGGGUAGAUGUGUCCUUCGCCGCUCAAGCCAUCACUGGCAAGGGCCUGCAGCCGGAGUCGGCCCCCCCCUUCAGAAACCAGGGAGCUGCUCUGUUCUUCGUUGUCUUCAACCUCCUGGCUACCGUCUUCGUGCUGACCCUCUUCAUCUCCGUGUUCAUGAGGAAUUACACGGAACAGACGGGUGUGGCCUUCCUGACGGCUGAGCAGCGGUCUUGGCUUGAACUGCGGAAGCUUCUCCGACAGAUCUCUCCGUCAAAGAGCUCGUACGACGACACGAAGAACAAGUGGAAGCUCUGGUGCCACAAGAGAGCAAUCGAAAAACGGGGGAAGUGGUACACGACAAUCACGACUGUGCUCGUUCUCCAUUUGAUCCUACUGCUGGCCGAGUUCGAAUCAGAGCCGGAGUGGUGGACCAACACCAAGGAGGUCCUGUUUAUGGUGUUUACGUUUAUAUUUAUUGUUAACAUCGUCAUUCGGAUCGUCGGCCUGGGCUGGACGCGCUUCCGGAGGAGUUCCUGGGACCUAUUCUCGCUGGUGAUGGUUGUUGGAACCGUCGCAACGUCGAUCCUCUUCUGGACCGACAGGAAGCAGACUACGUACAUCCAAUUGCACAAGUUUUUUCUAGUGUCGCUCGUGCUGAUGCUCAUCCCGCGUAACGACGCGCUCGAUCAGCUUUUUAAGACGGCGGCUGCCAGUCUCACGACGAUUGGCAGCUUGUUGGCGACGUGGCUGGUAUUCUUCUUGGUAUUCGCAAUUGCCCUGACGCAGACAUUCAGCUUGACGCGCUUCGGAGCAGAGGAGGACGCCAACAUCAACUUCCGCACGGUCCCCCAUGCCCUUAUCCUGCUAUUUAGGUUCAGUUGCGGCGAGGGCUGGAACGAAGUGAUGGAAGACUUCGCCCAGGCCAAGCCGCCGUUUUGCGUCGAAGGAGAAACCUUUUACGACAGCGACUGUGGCAGCACAGCAUGGGCCCGGGUGCUGUUCGUCGCGUGGAACAUCAUCAGCAUGUACAUCUUUGUCAACCUGUUCAUCUCGCUCAUUUAUGAGAGCUUCUCGUACGUGUACCAGCGAACCAGCGGUCUUGCGGUGGUCGACAGGGAUGAGAUCCGAAGGUUCAAGGAAGCGUGGCGCAGCGUUGACCCGUCUGGCACGGGCUAUAUCAGCAAAGAGACGUUCCCUCGGUUGCUUGGCGAGUUAUCGGGCGUGUUCGAGAUGCGCAUCUAUGACCCGGAGGAUUCUGUGCCAAGAAUCUUGGAAGAUGUGCGCAACGAUGGAGAUACAGCCACCCCGAGACACGCAUCCUUUGGCGGCGGUAGCCUGUAUCCGACAGGAAUUGACCUGGAUAAGUUGAACAGGCGGCUAUCCAGGCUUGACGUGGCCAAGAUCCGCGAGCGCCGCCGGCGGUUCAACAUCUUCUACGAGGAAGUAAUGGUGUCGGCCGACCCUGAAAGAGGCAUUUCGUUCACGACAGUGUUGAUGAUCCUUGCACAUUACAAUAUUAUUAAUGAUAAUAAGAGUCUACGCCUGGAAGAAUUCCUCCGCCGUAAGCUUAGGCUGCAGCGUGUCGAGGAAGAGGUUCGGCGUCGGACGGUACUUGGAUUCUUCAAUAUGCUCUACUGGUCGCGGCGUUUCAGGCGCCACUUGGAGAGCAAGAAUGCCGGACGCUUGCUGACCGUCCCGCAACUCGACAUUCCAGAGAUCCUUGUCGACCAUGACGAGCACUCAUCCAACGAUAUGGACCAGAACGGGACUGGAAAAGACCAGCAGCAACAUGCACCAUCGUCACGGCCAUCAUCAAUACAGACAUCGCCAACACAAACCCGGAGUUAUGGCCAAAUCACUGUUGCAGCAGCAGAGUCAGGAGAUGGAUCUGGAAGCGCGUUGCUCUCUCCAACGGCCAUUCGCGCCCCUCACCGUAGUUGGACUGGCAUCAGCGGCGACAUUGCAUCCUACGAUCCUGACUUUGGAAGCCAUCCACUUGCCGGGCCACGCUCGAGCUCGCUCAUCUCUCAACAGCCCGGCCUCCAGCAACAGCAAACGAGGCAGCGCGGCCUUUCCCAGCUAAGCGCAUUCAGCUUCGAGUUAUCGGCCCCGGAAGAGGAUGCCUUCUUCUCUGACUUGGCCGGCGGCACAAGCAGCAGUAGAUUAAAAGGCACUGCGGGUCGGACUGGUGACGAGAUCGAGGACAUUGCGACCAGCCCGCUGGGCCCGCCUGCUGGGGGCGGCGUGCUUGGCAGCGGACCAGCUGGCGGGAGCAGCAACGGUGCUGGAGGUAGCGGCGACGGGACAAGCGCCACAAUAGACCCGGCUGUGGUCCGGGAUAUGUUAGAUGACUCGGUCUGGGUGGAGAGCUUGAGACGGAGUGCGACAAUGCGCAGGAGUGGGACGAGGAGGAGUCGCAGUGGGUGGGGCGGAUCGGCUUGGGGGACUUAG